AUGACUAAACUCCAUGAAAUAACGGGGCAAAUUAUCAGUAAAGAACCCCGUAAAGUUUACAAAAAGAACGAAUUUUAUGGCAAUAUCAACUAUAAGUUAAAAGUAUUGCCCGAAAAAAGAAUCUCACCAGAAUAUGAAACUAUUUUCGUUUAUGCCAAUUUAGUUGACCCACCAUUAUUAAAAAUCCUCAAACAAAACCAGUAUCUUGACCAGCGAUAUUUUUUUACUUGUCAAAGAAAAAGAAAUGAUGCUCUUUAUAAUUUAGUAGAAAACUUAAAAGAGAUUCUUAAAUUACUCCAAGACCAACCAAUCAAAGGUCGGUAUGAUGAAUUUGGUCAACCUCUUUAUAAAGAGGGAUUAUGCUCUUUGGUCGAUGAAUACCAUUCUGAUGAGGAAGAAAACGAAGAUAUUUAA